GUUUCCAUUUUGCGUCGUCGGGGCUUGGAGGCAGCCCGGUUCCAACCCGGCUCCAGCCCGGCUCUAGGUGGACAUACCACCAUGGGGUCGUCCAAGAAGCACCGUGGAGAGAAGGAGGCGGCCGGGACGACGGCGGCGGCCGGCACCGGGGGUGCUAGUGAGCAGCCGCCGCGGCAUCGGGAGCACAAAAAACACAAGCAUCGGAGUAGCGGCGGCGGCAGUAGCGGUGGCGAACGACGGAAGCGGAGUCGAGAGCGCGGGAGCGAACGCGGGAGCGGGAGACGCGGGGCCGAAGCUGAGGCCCGUGGUAGCACGCACGGGCGGGAGCGAAGCCAAGCCGAGCCCUCUGAACGGCGCGUGAAGCGGGAGAAGCGCGAUGACGGAUACGAGGCCGCUGCCAGCUCCAAAACUAGCUCAGGAGAUGCCUCAUCACUCAGCAUUGAGGAGACCAAUAAACUCCGGGCAAAGUUGGGGCUAAAACCCUUGGAGGUCAAUGCUGUCAAGAAAGAGGCGGGCACCAAGGAGGAGCCCGUGGCAGCUGAUGUCAUCAACCCCAUGGCCUUGCGACAGCGAGAGGAGCUACGGGAGAAGCUGGCGGCUGCCAAGGAAAAGCGCCUGCUGAACCAAAAGUUGGGGAAGAUAAAGACACUGGGGGAGGACGACCCCUGGCUGGAUGACACCGCAGCCUGGAUUGAGAGGAGCCGGCAGCUGCAGAAGGAGAAGGACUUAGCAGAGAAGAGGGCCAAGCUGCUGGAAGAGAUGGACCAAGAGUUUGGCGUCAGCACUCUGGUGGAGGAGGAGUUUGGGCAGAGGCGGCAGGACCUGUACAGUGCCCGGGACCUGCAGGGCCUUACCGUGGAACAUGCCAUUGAUUCCUUCCGAGAAGGGGAGACUGUGGUCCUCACCCUCAAGGAUAAAGGUGUGCUGCAGGAGGGGGAGGACGUGCUAGUGAAUGUGAACCUGGUGGAUAAGGAGCGUGCUGAGAAGAAUGUAGAGCUGCGGAAGAAGAAGCCUGACUACCUUCCCUAUGCUGAGGAUGAGACAGUGGAUGACUUAGCACAGCAAAAGCCCCGCUCUAUUCUGGCCAAGUAUGAUGAAGAGCUGGAGGGUGAGCGGCCGUCCUCCUUCCGUUUGGACCAAGGUGGCACAGCUGAUGGCCUGCGGGAGCGGGAGCUGGAAGAGAUCCGGGCCAAGCUACGGCUGCAGGCUCAGUCUCUGAGCUCAGCGGGGCCCCGGCUCGCCUCUGAGUAUCUCACUCCUGAGGAGAUGGUGACCUUCAAAAAGACCAAGCGGAGGGUGAAGAAAAUCCGCAAGAAGGAGAAGGAAGUCGUAGUGCGGGCAGAUGACUUGCUGCCUCUUGGGGACCAGACUCAAGACGGGGACUUUGGUUCCAGAUUGAGGGGUCGGGGUCGGCGCCGAGUGCCUGAGGCAGAGGAGGAGGCCCCAGAAGAUGAAGAGAAGGAGCCUGUGUCCCAGCCUCCGCCAUCAGAUGACACCCGUGUGGAAAACAUGGAUAUCAGUGAUGAGGAAGAUGCGGAUGCUCCACCGUCAGGGUCCCCAGAGGUACUGGAGGAGGAUGAGGCAGAGCUGGAGCUACAGAAGCAGCUGGAGAAGGGACGCCGGCUGCGGCAGUUGCAGCAACUCCAGCAGCUUCGAGACAGCGGUGAGAAGGUGGUGGAGAUCGUGAAGAAGCUGGAGUCCCGCCAGCGUGGCUGGGAAGAGGAGGAGGAUCCUGAGCGGAAGGGGGCCAUCGUGUUCAAUGCCACCUCAGAGUUCUGCCGCACCUUGGGGGAGAUCCCAACCUAUGGGCUGGCUGGCAACCGGGAGGAGCAGGAGGAGCUCAUGGACUUUGAACGGGAUGAGGAACGCUCAGCCAACGGUGGCUCUGAAUCAGAUGGGGAGGAGAACAUUGGCUGGAGCACAGUCAACCUGGAUGAGGAGAAGCAGCAGCAGGACUUCUCUGCCUCCUCCACCACCAUCCUAGAUGAGGAGCCCAUUGUGAACAGAGGGCUGGCGGCUGCCCUGCUCCUGUGUCAGAACAAAGGACUGCUGGAGACUACAGUGCAGAAGGUGGCUCGGGUGAAGGCCCCCAACAAGUCACUGCCCUCAGCUGUGUACUGCAUCGAGGACAAGAUGGCCAUUGAUGAUAAGUACAGUCGGCGAGAGGAGUACCGGGGCUUCACCCAGGACUUCAAGGAGAAGGAUGGCUACAAGCCCGAUGUUAAGAUUGAGUACGUGGAUGAAACAGGCCGGAAACUCACCCCCAAGGAGGCCUUCCGGCAGUUGUCUCACCGCUUCCAUGGGAAGGGCUCGGGCAAGAUGAAGACAGAGAGGAGGAUGAAGAAGCUGGAUGAGGAGGCGCUCCUGAAGAAGAUGAGCUCUAGUGACACGCCCCUGGGUACCGUGGCGUUGCUCCAGGAGAAGCAGAAGGCCCAGAAGACCCCUUACAUUGUGCUCAGUGGCAGUGGCAAGAGCAUGAAUGCGAACACCAUCACCAAGUGAAGUGGCUUCCCUUCCUGUCCUCUCCCUAACUGUAAUGUUAAAUAAAGUUCCCUCCUUAUUUUUUCCUCCCUGGUCAUGGUGUAGAUUCCAGGGCUGGACCUAGGAGUGGGGUAGGCUGGGCCUCAGCUCUGUGACCUCCAGCAUGUCUCUGAACUUCCCUGAGCCUCAGUUCUCCCAUUUGUGCAGUCAAACCCCCUGUGCUCCAUGUAACGUGAAAGGCUUCACUGAGCUCAUGCAUCCUCAUUCCUCCACCUGGAAUUCAGACAGGAGCACAAUAGGACAUCUCAGAACACACGUGGCUUAGGGCCUGGCUUUUGCCGGGUAAGACACGGACAUCAGAUGGCAUGAAUAGUGGGAUGGGGUGAAGGGAGGGACCUAGUCUGGACCCUCAAAGCCAGUCCUCUGCCCUGAUCUGGGCCAAGCUAGCCACUGAGAAGGUGCUUUGUUCUCUGCCCUCCUUCCACAGGGUAGCCCAGUCCUGGCUGCAGAAGUACCGGUCAACCUUGUAUUUAGAGACUUGGGCACCAUGGUGUCUCAGGGCUACAUAAGUCACUGCCUUGUAAUCGCCCCAGACUGUCCAGACUAUUGGGUAGGAGCCAGGCUCCUUGCAGGGCAGAUUGGCCACCUUCUGUCCUCACUCUCCUGUGCUGCUUUUGCCCCAGUGAAGUGUGAGGUGCUCCCUGGCUGCACCCACAGAUCUGAGCCAAGGGACCUGGAGACUUGUCCCAGAUGGCUACACAGGAAGGGUGGGCUUCUUUGGGGUGAGCUGUGAAGGAACUUUGGUCAAUCAUGGGUAUGUGAGGGUCCUGGCUUCGAAGGCGACAAGUUGCUGCCUUCAGAGAAACUGGCUACUCUGUCCCCAUAAACCCCCAAUACAUUCCGGUGGGUCACAAAUUUUAAGAUGAAGGAAACCAAAAAAAUAAAUUGGAUAAAAUGGUGAAUUUCUAAAAAUCUUUUGAGUGGGAAAAAUGUAAGCAAGGGACAAAAUCCCAUUGCCUUAAAGUAAAUGAUACUGGGCCAGGCAUCAGUGGCUCACACCUAUAAUCCUAGCUACUUCAGAAGGCAGAGACCAGGAGGAUCAUGGUUCAAAGCCAGCCCAGACAAAUAGCUCACAAGACCUACCUAGAAAAACCUUUCAUAAAAAGUGAAUGGUGGUGUGGCUCAAGGUCCUGAGUUCAAACGCCAGUACUGCAAGAUAAAAAGAAAAAAAACACUGUUGGAUAUGAUUGUGUGGCAAGGACCAGAAGCAAAGGCAGGGCACUGUUCCUUCUACUGCCUUCCCUGUUUUGAGUGAUUCUCAUUCACUUUUCCCUGUGAUUAUUUCUUCAGGAGGGUGCCUAGGUGCAUGUGGUGGGUCUGUGAUGGGAAUCGUAGUCCAUUUCUUUCAAGCCUGUGAGGAGCUCUUGGUAUUUGAGACAGUCUGAGACCAUCUGGCCAAGGCUCAUACCUCAUUUUUGCAUGGCCAUUAGGCCGUGGCUGUCACUUCUA